ACGGUGUCAACACACCAGACCACACGGUGUCAACACACCGGGACGUGGUGCCGCUGGAGCCGCGGCAGUAGCUGCUCUUCCGGCGCUAGUUAGCCUGUUAGCUUAUUGCUAGCAUAUGUUAAAGGCAUGCUGCGUUCACUGCCCCGUAGGAAGUUGGUGAAACUUGAUGAUCGUGCGACAGUUGACCUGUCGGGCCGUGAUAACCUCCCACCUGCUGCAUGCCCCCCUGAGGAAACCCCGGGCCAGCACAGACAUGGCCAGACCCAGUUCAGACCUGGCAGCAUUCAGGGAGAUUUUCUCCAAAGCCAAGAGAGUCGCCGUCCUCACCGGAGCCGGGGUGAGCGCCGAGAGCGGGGUCCCGACCUUCAGAGGAGCCGGAGGCUACUGGAGGAAGUGGCAAGCACAGGAGCUCGCCACGCCAGAGGCCUUCUCCCGGAAUCCCUCUCGUGUCUGGGAGUUUUAUCACUACCGCCGCGAGGUGAUGCUCACGAAAAACCCCAACCCCGCUCACCUGGCCAUCGCCGAGUGUGAGGAGCGGCUGGCGGCGCAGGGCCGCCAGGUCACCGUCGUCACUCAGAACAUCGACGAGCUCCACCGCCGCGCCGGAUCCAAAAACAUCCUGGAAAUCCACGGAAGUCUGUUCAAAACCCGCUGUAUGAGCUGUGGCCACGAGGCGGCCAAUCACAAGAGCCCCAUCUGCGCCGCGCUGGCGGGUAAAGGAGCUCCAGACCCCGACACACACGACGCCCAGAUCCCUGCUCAGCAGCUGCCCAGGUGUGAGCAGACAGGUUGUCACGGUCUCCUGAGACCAGCUGUGGUUUGGUUCGGAGAGACUCUGGACUCCGACAUCCUCACCCGUGCGGAGGAAGUGCUGGACAGCUGUGACCUCUGCCUCGUGGUCGGCACUUCGUCAGUCGUGUACCCGGCGGCCAUGUUUGCUCCUCAGGUGGCGGCGCGCGGCGUCCCCGUGGCCGAAUUCAACAUGGAGGACACUCCGGCCACCAUGCGCUUCAAGUUCCACUUCCACGGCCCAUGUGGCACCACGUUACCUCCGGCUCUGGCUCGACACGACACCGAAUCAAACUGAACACGAACUGUGUAACACUGCAGGGUUUUAUUGAAGUAUCAUGAAUAAUGGAUUUAAUAUAAUGCGUAUCCAUCACGGAUGAGGUAGGGAUGGACAAAUGAAAGAAAAAAUAAUAGUGAACCAGAACAAAUUAUGUGACAAAAGGAAAACUGCUUGUUUUAAGCUGCUGCAGAGAUGAGAUGUGCAAUAAAGAAUAAAUUAUGACUUUAUCAUAAAUA